AUGAGGAGGCCUCACGUGCUGGGUUCUUUUUUGCUUCCUGCUCAGCGAGAGUCACGCAUAGGUGGCGGUCGUCCUCGACGCAACGAGGUUCAUCUGGCCAUGCCGCCGCUCCUCCUCUGUGUGCCCUUGUCGAUUCCAGAGUUGCGCUUGACUGCCGCGCUGAGGGUGAUGCAAGCGCCGGGUACUGCAGACUCGGUGCCAUCGGCAUUGGGUGGAAUGGCUGCACCGCCACAGUUUCCCACUCUACGUGGCAGUGAUGAAUCACAGAUGUCUGCAGCAGCGCUAGUCUCUUCCUCUUCGAAGAUUCACCGCAUCAGCUGCGCCGGUGAGACGGCCGAGGAGGCACCUCUGGCCCCUACACUGUUCCAUCUUCUGCAGCUUCGGCGGUGGGGCAGCUCGUACCCUACUUCCGUAGCUGGUGCAUGCUCAUCAGGCUUGAUGACCUUCUCUGAACAGGUGUCUAGGGACACUCCGCCGCCGCCGGCGAAACCAUAUUUCCAACAGGAGGGGGACCUUGUGCGACUGCGCUGUGAAGUCCAUGCCUUGGGUGACUUGCUGCGUGCUUACCGCUUCUUGUAUCGACCACUGCCUGUCUCUGUGCCGAGAACCACGCCCUCUAUUUUAGAUCCAAGUCAGAGUAGCGCACCACGCCGGGGAUCACCAAAGGACAGGCGCGCUCCGGUUCAGCUGGUGGCGACGUCGACGGAUGCAGAAGAGGUGUGGUUGCUCCCGUUACAGCAGGAUGUCGCGCAGUGCGUGCUGCGGCGCUUACAGGUGAUGGAGCUCGCUCUCAAGAGGUUGAUGGCCCGAGGUACAUCGCAGCAGGGCGAUAUACUCGGCGGCCCUGCAAAGGCAAUACGUGAGGCGGUCACCGCAUUCUUCGAUGAAGAGGUCCGUGUGGUUGCCGAGCUUGUGGCGUUGCGCGGUGUUCAUGAGCGCGACGCCCAGUCCCUGGCCUGCCUCGUCCAUGUCCUCACUGCCGCAGCGGAUGUGGGGGUGGCGGUGUCAGCCACCACGCUUGUCGAAGCGGCAGCAGCAGUGGUGGCGCAUCACGGCCAGCGUGGUGGGGACGGCGGUGCAGGGUCGUUAGCAACGACCCCCUGGUGCAGCUGUGUGCCGUGGCUGCUUCACUGCUACACCACCGCACAUAACCGAGUAUCAUCAUCGUUGCUGACCACCUCGACGCAAACGCCCGGCGACAGCGUUGCAAGCUGGUCGACUGCAAGCGCAUGGAUGACCGCCGCUGCCGAUCGCGUGUGCACCACGCAAAGCGCCGAGUUACUUCAGCUCACGCCAACACCUGCUGAGGGAAGGAGAAAAGACGCGGCACCUGGCAACGGCACUGACGCCUCGGUGCAGCGGGAGCAGGCAGCGAGGGCGCAUACAUUUGGGCUGUGGCAGGGCGUGCUGGACGCCGAGGUUUCCUGCAUGGCAGAGGCGCUGACGUACACGUGUGAGAGAGACGGCCGCGGCGUCAUGCGAAGGGCGGCAAGUAAGUCGUGGUUGCGGGACUGGUAUGCUGGGUACGGCGUUACAUACAUGGGAGGAGGGAGCAAUAGUGACUCCACCGGCACGUGGCACCCCUACUGGCAGCUGGUGGUCAGUGGGAUGCUACAAAGCUGUGCCCGCGCUGUGGACACGAUUGUCGAGCUCAGCAAGGGCACGAACGUGCAGAGACGCAGUGAUGAGCUUUCUUCAGCGGGACCCAAGGCCACGCGACAAAACAAUCCGAAGCCGUCAAGCUCGACGUUAGCUACCCUGGAGGAGAUGCAAUUUUACGCUGUUGGCUCCUAUGUCUCCCUCCGACGCAUUGCAAGCUCGCUGCAGCGUCAUCGUCGUCUCGUGCCACUACUGCAGCUGCAUGCGAUGGUGAGCGGGUGCGUUGGCCCGUCCGGCGCAGUCGCGGAUGCGUUUCUAUCGAAGCAGCAGCAGCGACGAUCGUACGAGAACGAUGCUCCACCCCGAAGCGUUAGCGGUGUCGCAGGCUCUUUAUCGAUGGCAUCAGCUGCAGCACAAUGGCGGCGCCGUCUCUUGUCAGGAGAGCUGUUGCAACCGCGAUCCACUGCGCCGGCUUCUCAGGAUAAGCGCAGAUGGCACCGCCGCCACGAUCGCCCAUCGCCAGCGUAUCUUCCGCAACGACAUCAGGCAGGUGCGAUGCUGUGGCGCGAGGUUGUUCUCUUCGACGCGUACACCCUCAUUACAAUCGGUCACGUGAGCGAAUACGCCAUCGACGGCGCGGAGCUGGACAAGAACGCCGUGCUGCAGCAGCUGACAUGGCUUCAGCAAGAGUGUGCACUACACCUCACGGUGCUGGGAACUUCAGAGGGCGAGGUAAGAGAGAGAGCUGGCACCGAUUACGAGCCUGCCGAGUCGAGUGCGAACAUCGACGACGACUCAGCAGCGACCAAAGGCUGUGAUGCAUCCUACGCUGUGUCCCAUGCACGUAGGCCGGUGUUGCUGCGGUGCCUCACACCGCGCACUCGUGCUGGGUUGAUUGCCAAGCUGCAAGAGGGACUUCGCCUGAGUGCCAAGGUGCUCGCCCGCUGGGGCACGCCGGAGCAGAUUUGCGCACUCUACCUUCGCUAUCCAUCGAUGGGGGCCAGUUGGGAGGUGGGGCGGGCGUUGCUGCAGUGUGGGCAGUACGGCGUCGCUAUGGGGGUGCUGGAAUCGCUAUUGCAAACGGGUGCAGCCGCGCGAGGAGCGCAGUCGAUGUAUCCGACGGCCACCUCCUCUACAUCUCCUCCUCUGUCGCUACUGUCCUCCCGUACAACUGCCUUGCGCCAGCUUCUGCUGGAGGCGAUGGAGGGUGCCGCAGCCGCACUGGUGCAGCACUCGCGGUGGUCGCAGGCACCUCCUGCCUCGGGGACCUCUCCGCACGCCGCUGCCACCCCUACCGACGGCAGUGCGGGAGAGGAGGAGGUGCCGCUCCCCGCAGAGCUGCGUACGCAAUUGCGCUCCUUGUACACACACCUGCACUCGCUGCCGGUUCCGCUACCUUUGUGCCUUCACGCAGUCGUGCGAGGCCUCACCUCGGCAUCCUCUGACACCGCUGCCUACGGCGUCCACGACGACGCCGACGCCGCACCACCCUUAACUGUGCGUUGGCAAGUCAGAUCAAAGUCCAACACGACUCUGCACUCCCCGUCUGCGUUGCCACCUUCAUCACUACAACCCGGCACAUCCGCAGAAGAGCGCAUUCGCACGACGGCGGUGCUAUGUACAUACGUUCUACGCUGUCAUCUCGCUGAAAACUCACAAGGAGGACUUCUGGCCAAGACAGUGGAGCUCUGGGCCUCGUGCGUGGCGCCGUACUUGGGUCGACGCAGCAGCGACGGCGCUGAGGCUUUACCCGUGUCUCCGACGUUGCUGGAGCUAUCCCUCUCAGAUCGGUACCUCCGUGCUGUAACAGCAAGGCUCCUCUGUGGCUAUCCUCAGCUGCCGGUCGCUCGACUGCUGUUGUCGCGUCUGGCUCAGCUGACGACUCCGCCGCUGUUGAGGGUGGCAUCGGACACGAUAGGUGGCCCAUCAGCCAUCAACGACAAUGUCCCCGCAGCACAUGAUGCACGGGUAGCGCUGACGGUGGUGUGGCUGCUUGGGGUGCUCUACAGGCUUGUCGGUAUGCCUGAGACGAGCCACUCCACAACCAGCGCCGGAUCUCGUCCUCACGCACGCGUCGCCAUGGCUCCGACCCUCGCCUAUCGACUGUGUGUACCAGUGGCGGUAACAAUGCCACCAGUGAACACCACCACGACCUCAGCGCAAGACACGGAGAAAGCGGCGCUCAUGUCAUGGGAUACGCAGUUCCUCUCUCGCUGCCGCGUGUGGAGUGCUGGGUUCACAGAGCGUUACGCGCUGGACACACUGCGCUUGAUGCCGCGCAUCGCCUUGGAGGCUCUUGAGCGGCUGUUGCGCCCGCUGGCGUGGCACUCUGCCGCCGCGGCUGCCAGCACCCCGACCGCCUCUCUCAGUGGGACUGUGCAAUGGGCAGGCAUUCUCUCUGGAUGGAGCGCCAGCUUCUUCCACGAUCGCAUCAACGUGAUCUUGCAGUGCCGUCAAGCCGAGGAAGAGGAACAGCGACAUCCCUGGCAGUGCAGUGGGUGCUAUCUGUGGAACAGUCGAUACACAAGAACCUGCAAGCGGUGCCAUGCCUUGUCAACGGUGCUGUUGCAAUGCCGUGCGUGCGGGUGCUUGACGUCGUCUGCGGACGACCGGGUCGAUAAUGGGUUGAGUUGUGACGUCUGUGGAGCUGUGCUGGUCCCACCGCUGUCGUUUCAGAACAGUGAUGAAGGGCUGCAGUCACCUCUGUCACCGGCCGACUCCGUGCUACGCGCUUCUACAAUCAAUGCAAGCCAGGUGGAUGUGCUGGCACAAGACCUUACGGCUGCCGCGGGUAGGCACCUCGCCGUUGCUGCCGCUGCAGCGGCCACUGUCACCGGCACCGGCCGCGCAGCCAGCCGGUUCACCACUUCUGCCUCCAUCGCACGCGUCAUAACGCUGCGGCAGUGGACGUGCACGCACUGCCGCAGUCUGAACGAUCCCCAUCACGUCUUCUUCUGCCGAAGCUGCGGGCGAGCAGCAACCGAUCCGGAGAAGCGUGAGGCGGCGGCCAGCGUGACUGGUGCGGUCAGCGGCGCAAGCAAUGCUGCGACAGCAUUGGUUUGUGGGUGCUGUGGACACAGGCCCAAGUCCAUCGAGGCGCGUAUGCUGCCGUGGUGCGAGCAAUGCGGUGCUCUUUAUCAGCGUAUUCAAGAGCUGUGCAAGGCCUCUGUGGGGAGCGGUGCCUUGCCAUUGUCGACGAACUCGCCGUCACCCUCGUCUGCUCCCGUCAUCAGCACUAUCCCUUCUGCUGCUGCUACAGACCGGCACUCACCACAUCUGUGGUGGUGCGUUGAGUGCACGUCAGUGCUCAAUCCCUGGACACGCACUCACUGCGAGCUCUGCGGUGCCGGCCGGCCCGCCACUGCAGCCGCUGUUCCGGGGGCGACGCGGAUGACCACAGCGUCCUUGUCAUGUGGUCUCUCACUGCUGUUAGAGAAGUCCAACGCUGCCGCACCGUUCAUUGUAAUGCCUUGGCUAAUGCAGGCGUGCCCCUCCUGCAAGGCACAGAGCCGUGUUGGCGUGGCUCAUUGCUGGCAGUGUCACGGGCUGCUGACGUGGCCGCUCGAGGUGCGGCAGGCAGUGUCCAACGAGUGGUGGCGGUGGGUGACACAGGUAGCGCAUGUUGUGGUGGACGUCACGGCGACAGGAUCGCAAACCGAAAAUGAUGCCUCGUGCUCCCCCACAGGCGCAGACGCCCCAUUGCACGUCCCACGCGCUGCGCAGUGGCUGUGCUUGCAUGACGGCUGUAUGCACCUCAACCUCGUCAACAGUGCGGCGACAGACGCCGAUGGCAACUCAGGCGCAAGCCCGACGCCUCUCUGUCAUAGCUGUGCCGCGUGUGCCUUCACCCUGCGCCGUCCAGUCGAAGUACUGAGUCCGUUUCAUGACCGCUUUGCCUGGAGUGAAGGAGCGGCGCAGCUUUCCCCGACGAACGCUGCGGUGGUGGUGGAGGCGCUGCUGUUGCCACCGAGUGCACCAUUGCCUGGUGACAUCACCGUGCGACACUCCGAGGCGUUCGGCGCUGUGAGCGCAGCUACGCAAGGGUCGUCUACAGUACGAUCAGCAGAGACAGCGACAACGUUUUCUCACUCACACGAGCGAUGGCUUCAUCGCUCGUGGUCUUUAGGCGCAACGACCACCGUUGCCUGUGCUUCUUGCGGGUCGAUUGGGGCGUCUGGGAUGGCAGAGGCGGCGGAGGUGUCAAAACUGUUGCCGCUGCGCCUUCGCUCCCUCUUGAUGAUCAACGUGUGCGCCUCCUGCGGAUGGUGCACGUGGGGCCGGUCGUCGUGCGCGUAUGACAUACCGGUUACUCCCCGUGCCGGCGCGGGCGAUGGCAUGAGGCAGCAGCUGUCCUCGUCCCCGCCACGUCGUCAGCGGCGAGAGGAGGACAUGUUGGCACAACCGUCACUGCUGCCGGGAGAGCACGCCAUGGCUCUGCGGCUGCUCCUGAAGGCCCUGGCGCACGCUGUACAGGAGGGGGUUGCGCUCGAAGUACCACCGCCCAGGCGCGCCGCUUCCACGCCAACCUGCACUCAUAGCUGCGGAGCCUCAACGGCGGCCUCUUCUUCGGUGGGUGUGACGGCUCCGCAUCGAAGGCUAGAUUGGGCGUGGCUGUCACGUUUUGUCUUCUCUGGAGUCCGACUCAUCACCUCUUCCGUGUCGGAGGCUCUACCCAGCCGCGGUGACGCUGACGAGGGCUCGUACGCGGUGCAUCACCUGCACUGCCUGCACGAGCGCCUGCCGUGGCGCGGCUGCGACUUGGCGUCUGCGCAGCAGGCCUGCUCCGCUGAGCCGCGAGUGGGCGUGCUUGAGGGCGGUGCUCACGACACCGGAAGGGUGCACUCGGCCAUUGUAGAUGUGCGUCAGGUCUUGGACGGCGUGUGCACUCUUGCCGAGCACCGCAUCAGGGGCUCAUUGCCGAGCUCGAGGUCACCGCGGCGACGACAUCACGGCAAGGGCGAUCCCACCCACCAGCAGAACGAGUCUCCACCAGAACUUCCGCCAUCUCUGCAGGACGCAUGGACUCGUCGGCUGCUUCUCGCAGCCCUCGAAUUAAUCGAUGUGGUCAGCAGCAGCACUGUCUUUGAUGAAAUUGGCUUUGCCACGCUGCGCCGCCUGUGCCUCCUGCUCCGACCACACGAGGCGGAGCACAUCAACACGGAGACCAAGUGGACAUACCUGCGGGACAUGAAGCUCUCUCGAACCCACAUGUUGCACGGGUGUGUGCAGUGCGAGCGAUGCUUGACAACCCACGGACCCGAGCAGCCGUGUGUAGCACCGUAG